GAAACGUGAAGAAGAGACUAAGAGAAAAGAAGCCAAGCUGCAAAAAGGAGUGCAGAACUUGGAACAAAACAAGUCUGGAGCACAACAGAAUUCUGGACAUCAAGGGAAGGCCACCAGUGCCACGCAGUUACCUACUAAACAAAGUGACACGCAGAGCAAUAGACUUCCCUCCUGCAGUGCUUCCCAAAACCCGUCGGGGAGAAGCAGUGGAGAUUCACCCCAGGCUGGUCGCAGCAAGGGGACGCCAAAGGAGACCUGCCACGCUGCAGAGCUGCAGAGGGAAGGUCAUCAAAGCAGGCAAGCUAAGGAAUUAUUGAGAAAACACACCAAAAACAAGUCAACUUGUGGCCAUUUCCACCGCAGCAAAGCAAAUGAGGGAAGAAAAAGUGAAGUGAAGAGUCAAGUUGCAGCUGCUGCAGAGCUGGAUGGAGAAAAGCAUCAUGACUACCCCACUGAGGCAAAUGCUUUUGCUCAUAGGAGUGAAAAGAAUGCUCGUACAAUCGCUGGUGUUGGGGAGAAAUCAAGAGUUUCAGGUCAGUCUUCAUCCGGUAAUGGGGACCAUUGCAAAGGAACUGCUGUAAUCUCGUGCAACACAAGUUGUGCUGGUGGAACUGCAAGAAAUUGGAGACAGCAUGAAACGGUUUCAAAAGGCAAAAGGCAUCAUCAGAAAUCAAGAAAUAAAGAAGUAAAUCACAAAGAAGUAAAUCAUGAGAGAUGUUCACCAGCUGGCUCUAGUAGACCAGGAAGUGCCAAAAUGGUAUUUGUAAAUCCCCAGAAUGACAGUAUAUGUGCUGUAGAACAAACUAACAAUGUGAGAAAUGAUGAAUUAGCAAAAAAGAACUGUCCUUCAUUGUCUGCCAGGGAAGAAUCUACAAGAACAGUGCCAAGAAAUCCAUCGGCAUGUUCAGUUUCUGAUGACAGUUUGAACUUGGGAAAAGUAGAGGUAAUUGGGCCCAGGAAUGCAGAUGAUCAAUUAUGUCCUUCUGUCACAUGGCGAAGCACAAAUAUUGAACAAAUCCCUUUAGAGAUUCGGAUGCAGGUAAUAGAAAAAGAAAGAAAAAGAAAAGAGCUUUUUCGGAAAAAGAACUACGCUGCUACUGUAAUACAGAGGACAUGGAGAAGCUACCGGCUGCGGCGGGAGCUGCUCCAGCUGCUGGGCACCAAGCGCCGCUCCAAGGAGGACGAAGAGAGAUGGAGACACGAGGCGGCCGCCUUCUUCGUGCGGCUGGCGUGGCGGGAGCCGCCGAGCCACGGCGCUCCCAGAGCGGAUCCUGCCGGCAAAGUCCUCAAGUCCGCCAGCAAAGCCAGCCCUGCCGUAAGGACAAGCAAGCAGGCCAUCCUGAAGCAGAUAUAUGGGCGUUCUCAGGAGGGCAAAGCGCACCAGCCCACGAGGCCUCCCUCGAAGUUCAAACUUCCCGAAGCGCAUCUCACCUCAGUGAACGACCUACAGUGCAUUAAUUUGCUGGAGAACAUGGGGAAAUCAAAGCAGUUUUCAUACAACAUGAGAUCAGCUGCUUCGGCAAAACCAAGAAGACUCAAGCAUUAAGCAAAAUGAAAGGGUUGAAACUUAAAACGUGCCUGUACAUGUGGCAUUUCCUGUAAUGUAAGCACUUAUGUAAACACUACAUGCCAUGCAGCCUGCCAGGGAAGUUGGUCUCCUUGUAUUUUGUGUGCAAAUUAGUUUUUAAAAGUCAACAGUUAAUUUAUUUACUGCCAGAAUGAAAUCCGAAUUGCAUUUGGAAACAGAAAGUUAAGCUAUAACCCUGGCAUUACAAUAAGGUGGCAGUAGCUUGACUUUCCUGAAGUAUUUCAUUCUCAAAAAUAAGCAAAUGUAUUAAUUAAUGUAGGCGCAAAGAGGAGGAAAAACAUGCUACAGAUCCAACAGUUUGACUGCAGUGAGACUGCAUCCUAAUUUUAAUACGUGUAUUUCACAGCCUUAACAGGAAAGGAAGAACAGUCUUCAUGUGUCUGUUUUGUACCUAAGAAAGAGGUUAGGUCUUAGCUUGCUAGAGGGAUAAAUAGAAAUGUCGUCAGGGAAAACAUACGUAUA